UUGUUCAGCAGUACCAAAGACUGCCAUGGAGCAGGGGGUCACUGACUUCAAAAUAGACGUGGGGUGUGAGAAUGAAAUGCAUCGAUCAGUGGACAGGAUGACCCAUGACAUAAUCUCCAACCUGAUGAUAGACUGUACCAAUGUUGGUAAAGUUCUUGAUACACUUUCAGAGGUCUGUCGUUCUGUAGAACAGCACAUGGACAAACAGAAAGAGAUAAAGGUGUUGAUGAAGAUUUUGGAAUCAGCUCAGAACGUCAAAGAUUGGAUAGAAAUGCUGAAUUCAUUUCCCACUAAACAUGUUAUUGAAAAUACCUUUGUGCCAAAGUUUCUGGAAAGCGUGGAAAAGCUGUCACAGGAAAAGUACAACAAUGAUGGAAGACACAAAUUAUCUGAUGUGGAACGACUGAAAACGAACUUCCUCCAGAUUAUAGCCACCAGUGUUUCAGACUCAUUUGUUGAAGCAUGUUCAAGACACAUGACUUCAAUCAUAACCAGAAAAUACAUGACCAAAAUAAACACUGCUGCUAGAAGUGCUGUCAGCAACCUACUGGGCAGGGCUGACACUCAAAGUUUCUUUGACAACCAGCUGUAUAAGCACCAGACUAAAAAGGUCAUCCAAAGUCCAUGUGCAUCUCUAUCAACAGAGGAAAAACAGGACCUUCAUUGUUACAUAGAAGAAAUUUCAGACGUCAAUCGUCCUGCUUCAGCCUUGGACAUCCAUGUCCUCACUCAGACUGAUGCUCUCCAAGGCAAAGGCAUCAGAGUGAUAGUUGUGGAUGCAGAUAAUAUAAAGCUCUCAGAGGAUUAUUUUCCAGGAAAGGACAGUUCUGCAGAUGACAUUGUCCUCCAGCUGAGGAAAGAUCCAGAAGCAGCAAAACAGACGAUCACAGAACGGCUUGCUGGUAAAACGAGGCCCUACGCUGGACAUUUUGAAAUCCUGAGGCCUGAUGGUUCUGUGACUCCAGUAAACUCUGAAGGUCAGAACUGCUUGUAUCACGCUGUGGUUCAGGCGACCAGCACAAGUCCAGCUGAUGUGGAACAAAAGGCCUUGAACCUUCGAAAUCAAGUAAAAGAUUCUCUUCUACAGGAAACACACAGGUAUGCAGCGGCCCUGCACCUGCAGAGAGGAUAUGAAGAAACACAUCAAAAUUCAGGUAAAUACACCAUCAUGGGAGGAGGGAGAAAGACACAACAUGUGAGCAAAAAACAGUAUAAGGACAUGAGGAACACGACGGAGCUGGAGGAUCUACCUGAAGGUGAAAUCUCCAUUAUAAACGCCUACAAUCUGGGUCUGGUUGGCACCUAUAAUGAUAUCAAAGGACUGCGGAAGAACAAUUCCAACCCCAAUGCUCAGUACAACAGCAAGGAUUCUCCUGUCAAUGCAGAUCACAUCCCACCUAAAAAUACCUUCCAGAAAGCUUUCGAGAUGCUACAGAAACCUGAGAACAAAGAGCUAAAGCAGAGCUUUGAAGCAAAUGAACCAAAACUGUAUAAACUGAUUGAUAAAAAUGGAAACUGUGGGCGCUGCAUGGAGGUUCUAACAGAACAUCACCUGCAGGCCCUGACCACCGGCAACAGCAAAGAAGCUAAAUUAGUCAGGGAGCACCUCUCUAAUGUUUGUCUCUCUCGUGACGGCGUUGAACUGAUGAAAAAUUCUAUCCUCGCGGCCAAUCCAGUGAUGUCUGAGAAUCUGAGGAGAGAUGCAGGAAUCCCCCAGAAAAGUAAAGGAGCUGAGUUCAUGUCAACAGAAGCAACCCGGAGCUACUACACCAUGGGAUACAAGCUGCUGGUGAAUAAAUACUAUGAGAUGGGACUCUACAACCAGAGUGCUAAAGAUCAUCUUCAUGAGUGGAUCCAGUCCGAGCUUUACUCCACGAAUUCACCACAAUAUCACAAAAUGCUUGAAAUACUGAAGCCAUUUGGAAAAAAACAGAAAGAGAUGUGAAUGUAUCUGCCUGUGUGAACUGGUUGAUCAUUUGUUCAUGAAAUGCCUCAAUUAUUUUGGCUGUUAGAGGUAAUAAUUGGAUCAAGUGAUUAUGGGAUAAACUGAGUUGCAGUGGUACCCCCCCCCCACCCCCACCCCCACUCCCACUGUCACUAACUCCACACCUCCUCCUGUUACUCAUCUUAUUUCAGGGCUAUAUGCUGAGUUUAUUGCUGUACAGUCAGAUAACGACUCAUAUCAAGUCAAGUCCUGUCAUUAACUUUCAGUCAGCUGACUCAGCAGUCUUUGUUUCCACCAUGGCACACAGCAGCACUGAGAGCACCGUUAAAGGGAGGCUAAUGUGUUUCAUUGUUGAAUUCUGGCCUUUGGAGGAACAUUAACUCCUCUAACAACAUUUAGAGAAAGCAUACAUGAAGUAUUUCACAUUAGCCGCAUUUACAUGGACAAAGGUAAUCGUAAUAAAGGGCCGAUCAGAAUAAAAAAGCGUCACAUGAUCAUUAUGGAACUUAACUCAAGUAGAAUUAAAUUGUAAUCUGAAUGAGAUGGGUGGUUUAUGCUAA